GCACAACGCAUGCGCGGGGCCGCAGCGCCUCUGUCCGCCCGGAAGCUCGCGGGUCCCCUCCGUCCGUCGCGGCCAUGUUCGCGGAGCUGAACGAGCUGCUGGGCGUCUGCCCGCAGCGGCCGGAGCCGGGUAAAUUCACGCUGCUGGGAGACACCAGAACAGAUGGCAGCUUCCUGGUGCACCACUUUCUCUCCUUCUACCUCAGAGCUGGCUGUAAGGUUUGCUUUGUGGCCCUGCUCCAGUCCUUCAGUCACUACAACAUCGUAGCACAGAAGCUGGGAGUCAGUCUGACAGCUGCCAAAGAACGGGGGCAACUUGUCUUCUUGGAAGGCCUCAAGUCCUGCCUUGACCUCUUGUUUGGAGAGGAGGAGGAGCAGUCAGGAGAGCCCAGUCCUCUUCAGUUUAUAAGUGAGAGUGCUUCUGACCUCAAAGCCUUGUUUGACUUCGUCCACGUGUCCCUGACCCCUGCUGGCAGCGAUUCCUGGAAGGGCCCCGUCCUGCUGGUGGACGACCUCAGUGUCCUGCUCAGCCUAGGUGCCAGGCCGGUGGCGGUGCUGGACUUCAUCCACUACUGCAGAGUCACCGUCUGCUCCCAGCUGAAGGGGAACAUUGUGGUGCUGGUUCACAGCAACGAGGAUUCAGAAGAUGAGGAAAAUGAACUGGUUGUGAAUUCCCUGUGCCAUCACAGUGACCUGAUCCUGUGGGUGGAGGGGCUGGUGACUGGCUUCUGCAAGGAUGUUCAUGGGCAGAUUAAAAUAAUUAAGAGAGUGUCCUUGGAGCUGACGGCAGAGCAGGAUCUCGUCCAGAUCUACCAGUAUAAGAUUCAGGACAAGAAUGUCACCUUUUUUGCUAGAGGGCUGUCAGCUGCAGUCCUGUGAUGCUGUGAUACUGCACACCGCUGUGAGAGCAAUGCAGAGCAUGGCUGGGGAGCCUGGUACCUCUAGACUUUGAUAUGCCACCAAACCAGCCCGGCUGCUUCACCAGUGCCUUCCAGGAGCAGUGCAGCAAACUGACCCAGGAGGGAAGCUUAAACCCUUGUUGAACUGCAUGCCAACGAGGGGAUUAGCCUGCUGAAAGCUUGCUGCAUCCCUUUUGUCCUCCCACCCUGUUCCCAACGUAUGCAGGCCAAGAAACAGAGCAAAAACUUGCAAGAAUGGCGCUUAAAGCGUGUAAAUACAGGCAGGGGGGAUGCCUUGCGGGCUAGGCGUGCCUCACCUUUUCCCAGUGUGUUAGGGCACCGCAGUGCCAGGCAUUGCUGCGUGGAGGCAUCACCCCACCCUCCCACUGGUGUUUAACAAGAUGACACAGCACGGGUGGAGGCAGGGAUGAUCCAGGAGUGUGUUGCAAUUCUUACCUUUCUCCCAGCUCUAGUAUGGGAGAGAUUUGCUCAACUCCCAUCUUCCACACCAUUAAAAAAUCUAUAGCUACACAUAGACCUUGCUGCAGUAAGACCUAGAGGCUGCCUUGCUUGGCUGAUUCCUUGUUUUGUUACUCUCCCUCUCUCCACGUGAAACCCCAGUGCCCGGGUGUGUUUAAUUUGUGGCUUCCCAAGGUCAUCCUUGGCUUUGGGUGACGGACAGACACUGGCACAUGAGCUUCUGUUUCAGCCGCUGCUUCCCAAUUGUGAAUCCAUUACCAGCAGUUAUAUGACCUGCCUGUAUUGAAGCAUUAUUGGGGGCUAAUAAUCACUAAUUUUAAUUAGAUAAAGGUGCAGUCAUUAAGUAACUGUGGAUCUCUGUAUGGGAAGUGCUCCCCACAGGCUCCUUGACAGGGCGGAGAAAUGGGCAUCUCCCAAGUCUGGGUGAGGAGGUGGCUUUGGGUCCCCCUAACCUUCCCCACGAAUGCCAGGGCAGUUCUGGGAGCAGAGCUCAGACCUGGAGGUCUCCUGGUAGAAGCUCCAGUGGGACAUAAAUAACAUCCUGCAUGCUUGUGAGACAAGAGCGACCUGCUAGGUCCUUUGCAGCUCCAGAGCUGGGGUAGCAGCUCCGGCAGUGGGACGUGUUCCUGCUUUUCCCACACAGAAAUGCUGUGGGGCUCAGUGACCCAGGCUUGGGAACGGUCCCCUUUGGCUUGAGUUCAGGGAGCCUGGCACAUGUGGAGGCUGCGGCUGCUUAUCAAUAGCAGUCCUGGGAGGCUGGGCAGGCUCUGGGGAUUGUGGCGAGCACCAAAGAACUCGGGAUGGGGAAUGAGGCCCCACGUGUGCUGUAGCAUCACUCAACCUUGCUAUAUCACAACGUAACCUGUGGGCCUCCAUGCUGCCGACAGCACCUAGUCGUGGCUCCAGCCCAGCAACCUCCCACCUUCCGGGCUCAGGUGGUGCCUCCUGGGCCUGACCCAAGCCCUGGAGCAUCGCGGGACCAAAUUAUCCUUGGUGGGUGAGCCCCGAGCUGCCUGUGUGUGUGGCCCAGGCCAGCAGCUGGAUCCGUGGUGUGGUGUGCCAGUGGUACUUGGGGUCCCCAGCCUGGCAGCUGUGGCGCUGGGAAGCAGCUGGGUCCAGAGGUUACUGUGCCCAAACCCCUGUCCAACCUCCAUGUGGAGGCAGAGCUGGGGACUCCACUGUAGCUUGGGGUCCCCAGUGCCCCUGAGCUGCAUACAGAGCCUGGGUCUCUUCGGGAAGGUUCUUGGUAGCCGAUGGUGCCCAGCCCAGCCGUGGUACAGACCACCAUACCUUGUCCUGGCAGAGGCAGGUGGCUUGGCCUGCCACGUCACACAAACCCUGGGCUGGUGCCCGCUGUGCCUUGCUGGGGUAAAAUGCGUUUCUUAGCUGCCAGCCGUGGAAGCAGCAGAGCCCAGUGCUGCGGCUGCUGGCCCAGUGUGGUGGCAGUGCCCGUGGGACGGUCCGUGGUCACAGUCUGCAAAGGGAGGAUGAGACAACCAGUUGAUUUUGGGGAAGGGAGCUGCUGGCACCGGUCGCUGCAGGCACUACGGCUGUUUAAAAUGCACGUGUAAUGGGCGUAUAAAGGUGUAUAAUUGAAGUAA